CCUAUCCCAUUGGCCCGGCGCGUCGCGGUGCUGAGCCGCCGAGGGCAGCGGGGCGGAAGCGACACUCUAGCCCUCUUCUUCUUCAGUGCUCCCCGGCCCCGGCUGACGUUGGACAACAGACAUGGCGGCAGGAACCAGCAACUACUGGGAAGAUCUCCGGAAACAGGCCCGACAACUUGAAAAUGAACUUGAUCUGAAACUGGUUUCCUUCAGUAAACUGUGCACAAGUUAUAGUCACAGUAGUGCCCGAGAUGGAAGACGCGACAGGUAUAGUUCUGACACAACACCCCUUUUAAAUGGAUCAAGCCAAGACAGAAUGUUUGAAACAAUGGCUGUGGAGAUUGAACAGCUUUUGGCAAGGCUUACAGGAGUAAAUGACAAAAUGGCAGAGUACACCAACAGCGCUGGUGUCCCCUCCCUCAAUGCAGCUCUGAUGCACACACUGCAGCGACACAGAGACAUCUUGCAGGAUUACACACACGAAUUCCAUAAAACCAAAGCAAAUUUUGUGGCAAUACGGGAAAGAGAGAAUCUCAUGGGAUCAGUUCGAAAGGAUAUUGAAUCAUAUAAAAGUGGUUCUGGAGUGAACAAUAGAAGAACUGAAUUAUUUCUGAAAGAACAUGACCACCUACGAAACUCAGAUCGACUGAUUGAAGAAACAAUAAGCAUUGCAAUGGCAACGAAAGAAAAUAUGACAUCACAGAGAGGGAUGUUGAAAUCUAUACAGAGCCGGAUGAACACAUUGGCCAAUCGGUUUCCUGCUGUGAACAGCCUAAUCCAACGGAUCAACCUACGCAAACGUCGAGACUCCCUCAUCUUGGGUGGUGUCGUUGGUGUCUGCACUAUCCUUUUGCUGCUCUAUGCUUUCCACUAAUAGACAUUCUCUAGAGACUCUUUGACAACCACCACUUCCUUGAGUUGAUUCCAGUUACAGAACAGUGGAAGGAAGACAUGGACAGACUUGGGGAGUUGUUGAUCAGCAUCAUGUCACUUAGGGCCUACAAGAGGCCAUGUGCUGGUCAGGGUUGGGGGUGGAGCUACAAUGUUUGUGUCCUCUUCUCAGCAAAAUUUUUCUCCCCCUUUUUGUUUCAAAUCCAAAAAUCCUUUGUGUCUUUCUAUGAGGUAAGUAAACAUAUUAAGGGGAAAAAGGCGUAAAUGCAGCCUGCCUGGUGAUUAUUCAUUAAAAGAAAAGCCCAUCAGAAGUUUGAAUGUCUUCAGUGGGCCAAUGUUUCCUGACUCUUUGGGCCUGUGACCAGUGUAUUGUAGCUUUAAGCCAUCAGAGACAGUUUGUGAAGGAAUGAAUGCAGUUUUUCUUUCUUUUUUUUUUUAAAUUUGUGGUGAAUAGUCACAGGUCAUUUUAUGUCAUCUUAGCUGGAGAUUUCUAUUCCGUGGCUUCAGACUUUUUUCCCCCAGAAUUCAAAGAAAAUUUUGUUUGCAUAGAAACUAUCUUAUUCUUUUGUUGAGUAUAUAUCUAGUUUGGGAGAACUUUAGGGAAAUAGCCUCACUUUGACAUAGGAAGACCAAACCUGUUGCCCUAAUUGAAACGCAAUAGAUAUUUGUUCUCACCAUGAGCAAACUGCUAUGACAGAAGCAAAUUUUGGUAUUUUUAUAUGUUCUGGUGGGCUAGUAGGCAUCUAAAAAUCUUUGGAAAAAAGUCAAUGUUUUUUUAAAAGGUUGUUCAUUGUUUUGACUUUGGCUUCUCCUUUUUUUAAAUUGAAUUAAUGUUUUCUGCUUGGGAAGUAGAACAAGAUCUAAACUCUAAUGAAAUGAGAAACUUGGCCAGCUCUCAAAAGUUCCGCAAACUGUUACAUGCUCCAAGCCAUCUUGAGUCAGAGCUGACAUACAUGUAUUACUGAGAAAGGGCACAGCCCAGGUUGCACACGGACUUCUCCACCUCAUGUAGCUCUGUCAUGUGUGAACAAAAAUAAUCGAAGAACCCCCAUAUCAUCCUCUGCUGCAUUACAUGUCCUUUCUUCUUGUUCCUUCUGUGUGAGAGAACCAGAUCACCCUGUGUCUGUCUAAUUGUAGAAGAUCUCAUCUGUUAAAGGUCUCUGAACCUUCAGAAUGUUCUUUUGCUGUUCAAAGUACAUGUUGCAGAAUCUUCUUUCAUCCACUCCCAUCUUCUGUCCAUCAGCAACAAAAAUAUAAACUACCCCCGAGAGUUCUUUUGGAGUUCAGAGAUUUGAUCAGUCCUCCAGGCAAUUAAUUCCCCAUCGUGGUAAUAUCAUAAUCCUAGGCAGUGUGGAAACUUGCUCAACAUCUCUGUUCCUUGCCUGGAGAAAAGGCUGCUCUAACCAUUGGAUUUCUGAUUCAUGCUCUGGACUCUACCAGAAGGACUGUAAGAGCUUUAGAUCUGGUCACAGAACCACCUCAUGGUGUGUAGAUUAUAUUGUUCAUUUGAUUUAGAUAGAGGCGUCUAUCUAAAGUGACACACUGGUGUGAUAGGAUAUAAAGACUGCAGAGAUUUUUUUUUCCAAUGUCAGAGUUCUAUUGCCUUCUGGAUUAGAAAGAGACUUGAUAAUAUUUUUAAAUUAUGAGGUUUAUUUUUCUAUGUAUGGGUUGAUCAUUUCAUUGAUUGGGGAUGCCCUUGAUUUGAAAGAAUAUUAAUUUUCCCUACAUGAAGCUUGAUGGAUCAGGGAAGUAAAUUCAUUAAUUAAAUUCUCUCUGUUGGGAGAUCAGAACUCCCCUGAUGCUUAUUAUCUUUGAUUUUUUUCAAAGGGCCUCAAUUGGUGGUUGUGUCCCAGCUAGAGUUUAUAGGACUUUUGGUUACUAUAUGGUUGGCAUUUAUAAAAUCUGCAGUAUCAUAAAUAAAGUUAUUUAUUUAAUUAUAUAACCAGUCUUUUUACUGGUCUGAUUAUUUGGUGCACUCAUUAAAUCUAAUUGUAUAAGAAUCAAACUAUUAUGGAAAAUAAUCUUGCUAACUAACUACAACUAAAUAAAUAAUCAGUUUUGUUGGCUGAUUAACCUUUUAGUCAGGGUCAAGCAUAUGUGAAGGAAUAGAAUUUGUCAGGAAUCCUUGUUUCUUUACUGGUUAUUACUAAUGAACUUUACUUUGUAACCUCCUCCAAGCCACCCCAAAGUCCAUAUGAUCCAUUAUUACUGUUGUCUGUCUCACUAAGGCUGGAUACUAGUGGCCAAGACAUACUUGUUAUCAUCAGGGUUAUUUCAGUGUCUCUGUUUAAUAUAUUUCAACAUUCUCCAGAAAGGCUCCCCAGAAAUGCCACCGAUCCCUACGGUAUCUUAGAAUGUGAGGUUUGAACGAGACCCUGGCCCUCAUCUGUGUCAGAGAAGCCACGUUUCUUUCUGGAGUUCACCCAACUAGUCAGUGGCAGAGCUGGCUCUAAAGCCCAGAUCUCUCACCUCCUCCUAGUGCAGUGGGCCCCUUGGAUUUAAAUUCAUAACCUUUGCCUGAUGAGACAUUCUUGUUGAGAAGAGAAGGUUCAGUUUUGAAAUUCUCUGUCCAAAAGAUCUUGUCACUUAAAAAAAAGCCACAAUGCUUUGGGGAAGAAACAUUCAGUGCCAUGAAUUAGGAAUCUUUCACUUUUCUAUCUUAACAACCAGACACUCAGAACUUUCUAAUUCUCUGUCAAUAUGAAAAGGCAUGGCAACAAAAAUGGAACAGGGGGCAGGAAAUACCAAAAUAUACCUUUCUUCCCCCCCCCCCCCCUUUGGUUUAAUUAAAAACUACUUGAUUCUUUCCUAAUUCAAGCUAUCUGCUCUAGGUGCUUUUCGUCUUUUGUCCUGGUAAUUGUCCAUUCGCAUAUGAAUGAGGUGAAAUGCUCCCCAUAAAAUACAUUAUUUUACUUUUUCUAAGAUUUGGAGCAGAAAAGACCUCUUAGGUCAUUUAAUCUGACUCUCUUUUUGUAGAGAAAAAGGAGACUGGAGGUUGGAAAGGUACAGUCAUUGCCCAGGGUCAUCCAGGCAGGAAGGAGUAGAGUUUGAACCUAAGGCCCAUCUCCUCUCCACUAUUUGACCAUCUUACUUUUGUAUUGUCAGAAAAGGGCUUUUCUGCCUCCUGUUCUUCCCUCUUUUCUAUCCAUUUGCAGGCUCCGGCAUAAGGACAGCUUUCUUGGUAAGGAAAGUUGAUCUGUGCUGCUUACAGAUGUGUUGAUGAAAGGGAAACCCUGAGAAUGGUGAUAGAUAUGGCAAGAAAUGCCCUGCAAGGCUAAUUAUUUUCUUUAUGCCUCAGAUCAGAUGUAUUCACCACUAUGUCUUUCUAGUAUUGAAUACUACUAAAUGCAUCUUGUUAAAAGAUUGUGCUUAUGACAGUAUGAAUAUGACAAAGAAGAGGCCUAAUCUUGUUAUAUUUUUAAACUCUGCUAACAUACUGAAAAAACUAAGAAACCUCAAUUAUUCAUGCCAACCAUUAACUUCUCUGGUUCUCUUGAGCUAGAUUUUUGAUGACAACCCACAGUGGAAAGGAAUAGAACAUCCAGCCUAGACUGGCCUUAUUUAUUUAUUAUACCUUACAUUAGAUUAUUAACAAGUAAUUACAAUCCACCAAAUAAUUGAUGACCACCAAGAGUUCUCACUUAAUCUUUCUCUAAAGACACUGAUAUUUGAGUUUCUCUGGCUAGACCUAAAGUAAUAAUGAGUGGCAGGUGUAAACUGAGGAGUGAGUAACUUUUCAGAGAACUCCAGGAAUUGUAUUCUGUCCUCUGGGGCAGAAGUUAUUUUGUCUCUUGUUUGAACUCGCACAACUUUGUGGGCCAAUUUUGUUGGGUGGACCACCAAACUCAAAUUUUUCUGGAAGGUGAAACUAAACAAAAGCUCAAGUGUGUAUCAAGACUGUUUGUAGAAUAAGGAAUUAAGACAAAGCUGAGCCAUAUUUUAGGGUCUUUGGUGAUUUUCUCUGUACCCUAGAUCUAUCUCCCCCAGGUACUGGGGCCUUUGCAUCUGCUUCCAUUCUUUCAGCUCUUAAAAAGGGGAGGGAGAGAAUCAGUUCCCAUCAUAUAUCACCAGGAUGAAAGACGAUUCCUCAUGAAAAAUGCCAAGACAAAACUCUUGUCUAUUCUUUUCCAGUUGCACUUUCUAUUUUUUUUCCUUUUCAAAUAGCUUCUUGGAACUGAUUUUAUUGUAUUUGUAAUUAAUUUUUAUUCUCAUCUAAUGUGCAUUUUCUGUCAGUAUAGAAAAAGCUUUGUUAUGUAAUUUAAUAAUAAACUAGAAUUCUAAA